AUGAAUAUUCAAACUGCUGGCACAAUGAUGAAACCUAAACCCCGCGGCUGUGGGGUGUUUUCCCCGUCCACUAUGGUGUAUGUACUUACAGCUUUGUCACUGAUGGUCUUGUGCAGUACUAUUUAUGCCAAUAGUCACUUAAGUUCAUUACUCACAGUGUCUAAACGUCUACAUAAAUUUGUAUCCACAUACAUAGGCGAAAAUCCCAUAGAAUCCAUAUCUACUGACAUACCUGUGGGUUAUGUGACGAGUACUGAAAACACUCAGAAAUCGAUCAGAGACUUGACCUCUAAGCACUCAGGUAAGAAUAUAUCGACUACCAGCGUCCCAGUCCGCGCUCCUACAGCUAGCACAGCGAGACCUAGUGAAUGUAGCUCUUGCUUCCAGCAUAACUUUGACUUUAUUCUGAACAAUCCGGAUAUAUGUCAGUCUGAAAAUACUUCCAUUAAAGUUAUAAUCCUGAUUGCCACGGUCCAUGGCAAUACGGAAAAGAGGAAAGCUAUCCGGGAGACUUGGCUCAGUCUGUACAAAGGCAACACGGGACGCGUGCGCUAUGCAUUUUUACUGGGAAUGACCGCCGAUAAGGCCCUACAGGUGGCGUUAGAGACAGAAAGUGCCACCUAUCGGGAUAUCCUUCAAGAAGACUUUGUAGACACCUACAACAAUUUGACUCUCAAAACUAUGAUGGCUCUCCAAUGGGCCAGUACAUCGUGCCAAAAAGCUGAGUUUGUAAUGAAAACAGAUGAUGAUAUGUAUGUUAACUUGAAUUCAAUGUCCACUGCAUUAGAUAAAUAUAAGGAUGUCCUCCAGCGUUCAGUGGGCGGUUAUUGUGUCCAGUCAGCGAACCCUGUGAGAGACAAAAACUCAAAAUGGUACGUCUCCUUAAAAACGUAUCCACAUGCCAAAUACCACGGAUAUUGCUCGGGCACGGGAUACGUGACAAGCAUGGCCGUGACUCAGAAAGUGUUGGAAAUCUCCAAGCAUAUACCAUUUUUUCACUUAGAGGAUAUUUAUGUGGGACUGUGUAUCAAUAAACUGAAGUUUUCUUUUACUAGAAUACCUGGAUUUAAUCCUCACUUUAUACCCAUAAGCUGUGUUUACAAACGUACUAAUGUCAUCACGUCACAUCAAGUCAGCCCGCAGCAAAUGAGGCAAAUAUGGAAUCUUCGAUGUUAAGAUUCAUAUUUUGUUUGGGAAUUUUUCAAUCAUAUUCUGUUGAUGUAUUGGAUACAUUUGAAUUAUUGUUUAGUAGCGUGUACAAUGAUCGGGGAAUUAAACAAUGAACUGAGGCAAUAUUAACUGGUUUAGGAAGGGUUAUCAUUAUAACAACAAUUAGAAGAUUAAAACGGGAAAUCAAAUUGUCAA